AAGCAAGUUGCGCUAUCUCGUCAUUAGCUUCUCAUUGCUCCUUCUUCCUUCUUGGCUCUGGAUCCUUCUUCCUUCUUGGCUUUUGUUUGCUUGCCAGAAGGCCACAAGGACCCAAUUUUGGGAUUCGAGUCAUUCAAAGCUAGCUAGAAAGAAAAGAGCAUUUGACCAUGAAGGACUGAAAAGCAAUCCUUGAGACUUCUGUCGCUGCAUCUCUUGGUUCCUUGACCUCGGAAAUCUUGGCUGAUAAACCUAUUAGUUGUGUUGGGGACGCAGACGCAGAGUGCCCGAGAGCGGCGCUUCCUUUGACCGGCUCAAGUACUAGUUCGGAGUGCAGUGCCGGUACUGGCGAUGCUGCUACUCACUGCCCUGGUACCCAUGUGGCUCAAGAUGGUGGCUCCAAGCAAAAGAGCACCAUUCCAGAUGUUUCCAACUUGGCAGCCGAGGCAGCCAAUGCUGCAACUUCAGGUCAGCCAACACCCAUUUGCCUGCUCGGUCAUCCCGAAACUCUUGGCGACACUGGUCUCCAAGAAGAAGCGUCACCGCCACCACCUAAUCCGCAAUCUCGCAUGAGUCGCAUCAAUGUACUACCCGGCAGCUAUGCUGUGCACGGGCCAGACUUUCGAACAAGUAGUGGCAAUGGUAGUAGUUCCUCCCUACAAUUUCCACUCAAUACGGUGCCCAACGAUAGCAGCUAUCUGGUCGAGGCAACUCUUGUUGUUGAGGACCCAAGCGACAGCAAUCGGGAUGAUGCUGUCAUCAUCGAAGCGCGACCAGCAACCAAGAAUUUGCCCAAACGAACCAUGGCUCUAAUCAUUGCAGGCAUGGCUGUUAUCAUCAUCGGAUUGGUAGCAGGACUGGUUGUUGGAGUCGGGAAGGAUCCAAACAGUGUUGCCAACAUUCCGACCUUUGAUGACGAAGAAGGUCUUGAAGAAAUUGUCACAGCAGUCUCAAAGCAACCAACGUUACAUCGUGUGCGCGAAAGAGGAUUCUUGCGGUGUGGCAUUACAGGUAAUCGACAGCUUGUCGGUUUCUUUGCUGAUUUGCUUCUUUCUGCGCAAAACAAUUCUCUUGUGCAAAAUGCAUCAAUGUCCAUUGGUGUUGCCGACAUACAAGGAAGUCCUCGUUUCUUUCAGAGCUAUUGUGAUGCCAUUGCAGCUGGUAUUUUUGGCGACAGUACGAAGUCUGAAGUGGUGGAUACUAACCCCAGGGAACGAUUCCAACAGCUCUCAAACCACUCCAUUGAUGUUCUCAUAUCUGAGAUUGCGGUCAACAUGAAACAAGAUAUAUAUGAGCCCAAUGCAGACAAUGGCCUUAGCUUUGCUACUCCUUUCAAGUAUUCAGGCAUUGUUCUCACAGGGCUUGCUUCUCAUGUCCAGUGUGCCAAUAGUAAUGCACAUGCCUUGUCCAGUUGCUCUGAUAUAAAAAUCUGCAUCAGAAUGGACUAUGUUUACAGGAACGAACUGGAUCUUCUGCUUCCAAAGAGUCAAAUUGUUCAUGUAGAGGAUCCUUUCAUGGUGUUCACAAACUUUACUGGUGGCAGUUGCAAUGUUAUUGCAGAUGGGCAGGACCAGAGACUGGCGCUUCGUCUGUUAGGAUUCACCGGUGAUUUGGCUGUCAGUGAAAGAAUGUAUUCACCAAUCUGGACAUCCUUAGUGACUCUGGAUGGUGAUCCUGAGUGGGCAGACUUCGCAAAUGCCAUCACACUGGCUCUGCUUGCAGCUGAGCAGCGGGGAAUUACAAGAGAGACUGCAGAUCAGAUUGGACAGACAAGCUUGUUUGGGCCUGAGUAUGAGAAUAUGUUCAUUGAUGCUGUUGAAGCACAUGGGAACUUUGGAGAAAUUUUUGAUCUUGGACUGCCAAGGACCCGCAGAGAAUAUGCAAAUAAUGGAACAACAGGUUUGCUGGCAUCUGCAGCAUUGGGUGAUGUAGAGCAGCCCAUUUCAAGAGAACAGGGUGGCCCACAAAAGAAUGCGACACUUGAGAUGGUUGCUGCACGAGGGUUUUUGAACUGUGGAGUUCGGGGAGGGCGUCCAGGCUUUGCAAGCUACAAUUCUACAAGUUCAGAAUGGAGAGGCUUUGACGUUGACUUCUGUAUAGCCCUGUCAGCUAGUAUCUUUGAAGGGGACACCAGCAAGAUCCACUUCAAUAAUGCUGUAACCAUGUCCGGUGGUUUUGGCAUGCUACGUUCAGGCACUGUGGAUGUUUUUGCAGGUGCCCUAUGGACCAUUGAGAAUGAUGUCCGUGAGAUGAGCACUGGUGCAGGAUACACAUUCACUCAGCCAUACUUCUACGGUCCAGUAGGUGAUGUACGUUUUGAUGAGAACCUCUGUCUAGCAACCCGGCAAGAUGAUGCACUGUGGUCAGCAUAUGUCUACUGGACUGCACAGGCUGUAGUGUAUGCAGAAGAGAAGAACAUUGCCAAAGGGACUUCCAGCAAGAUGCCUCUUGUCUACUCUUUUGGGGAUGACUUCCAACGCAUGUUUCGGGAUGCAAUCCAUGCUAUUGGAAACUAUGAUGAAGCAUAUACUCGGAAUCUAGUCAACAUGUUGCCUCGUGGAGAACGCAAUAUGCUGAACUUGCCACAAAAUGAUAAUCCUUUGCGGUACAUCCCACCUGGAUUUCCAAGGGAAGUUUAGAUUAGAAUCCCAACUCUGUAAAAAAUCUUCUUCAGGCAAUCUGCUUUAACGCUAGCUUGUCCAUGUAGCUUCAACGCCGCUAUCUGUUUGCUGUUUACCUUUUGAAGCCGGUGCACCCCUCCUGAAAAAUCAACAACCCUCCAUCUAUUGCCGGCAGCUGAUUCAGACGAGUAGUGAUUACUUACAAUCUGAGGCCUUGGUAUUUCCCACACUCGAGCCCGCCUCCCUGUGGUUCUCUGCCAAGAAUGCAACAUUGGAGGUCUUGUGGCGCUAGAGCUCCCAGAGGACCCACCCCGAUCGCGUACCAGCACUGAUUCAAUCUAUCGAGACAUACCGGUACCGGUAGUGUACUGAAGCCAAUAAGGCUGGUGCGUUCGCGUUAUGUACAAGUUCU